GAAAAACAUGCAGUCCAUGUGACGUUGAUUCGCGCCCUCGACUAUUGAAUUGACUGCACGAGCGACCUUCCUCCUACAGUUUCUCCUCUCGGUAAAAGAAUAAGUGUGGUCAGAUUCGUUUGAGUGGCCUUCGUGGCAUGCGACAGUAAAAGAGGCGCGGGACAGAGAGAGCGACGGAGAGAAAGAGAGAGCGACAGAGAGAGAGAAAGAGAGAGAGAGAACUUUAGAGCUGUAGAAGGGGGAGUUGCACAACACGGAUUAAUGUAACUCUGUUUACACCUUCCUUAUUCCAAAACGUCAGCGUGAAGAGAAAAACUCAGCAAAAUCAGGGGUGAAGGGGCCUGGUACUGUAUGCCAAGUCCACCAUGGAGGCACAGAACAGCCAUCACCAGCACAACCUAGACAACCAGAACAAGAACCUCUACAAGAUGCCUGGAGAAGAUCAGAGCCACCAGUACUGCUGCACGCUGGCCAACUUCCGCAUUGAGAAGAAGAUUGGCCGGGGCCAGUUCAGCGAGGUCUACAAAGCCACCUACCUUCUGGAGGGCCAGCAUGUGGCUCUGAAGAAAGUCCAGAUAUUUGAAAUGAUGGACGCCAAGGCUCGCCAGGACUGCAUCAAGGAGAUUGACCUGCUGAAGCAUUUGAACCACCCCAACGUGAUCAAGUACCUGGACUCCUUCAUCGAGGACAACGAGCUCAACAUCUUGCUGGAGCUGGCGGAUGCCGGCGACCUCUCUCAGAUGAUCAAGCACUUUAAGAAGAAGAGGCGGCUCAUCCCGGAGAGGACAAUAUGGAAAUAUUUUGUCCAGCUGUGCAGUGCCCUGGAGCACAUGCACUCUCGUAGAGUCAUGCACCGCGACAUCAAGCCAGCCAACGUGUUCAUCACUGCUACAGGAGAGGUGAAGCUGGGAGACCUGGGACUGGGACGCUUCUUCAGCUCCAAGACUACCGCCGCACACUCCCUAGUGGGGACACCGUACUACAUGUCUCCAGAGAGGAUUCACGAGGGUGGCUACAACUUCAAGUCAGACAUCUGGUCCCUGGGAUGCCUUCUCUAUGAGAUGGCUGCAUUGCAGAGUCCAUUCUAUGGGGACAAGAUGAACCUCCUCUCUCUGUGCCAAAAGAUUGAGCAGUGUGACUACCCUCCACUCCCACCUGACCACUACUCUGAGAAGUUGCGAGACCUGGUCAGCAUGUGCAUCAAGCCCGACCCGGGCCAGCGCCCUGACAUCGUGUUUGUUCUGCAGAUCGCCAAACAGAUGCAGCUGUGGACCUCCAGCACCUAAGCCCCCCCCUCCACUUACCUCCUCCGUGUGGACCCCCAUCCUGACUGAACCACAGACCACCAGACCCACUGCCAACGUGCCUGGCUAGGACCAGGUUGUUUAGCUCGCGUCUCAGAAUUCAAGGAACUGAUGAAACGAUUGAGAGACUGGCAUGACUGGACUGACUUUUUCUUUAUCUUCAAAUGAGGACUUAGACUUAAUGCUGCGUUCACGUUGCGUCGGAAACUCGGGACCUCCGAGUUAAGUGUAGAACUUCCUCCCAAGUGGGGAAAUUCGGGAUCCGACUCUUCCGCCUAGGUUAGCGAGUCGCAAAUUUCCGACAUUAUGUGAACGUGGUUUAAGUCCAGUUGUUUUUGUCCUCAAUGACCUGGGGAGUCACUUCGUUCGGUGGUCAUGGAGAUUUCUGUUUUUAGACUGUUGCGGUGAUUCCAGCGGACAGCAUCUUGUCUGGCCUCUUCGCUAACAGGAGAGAGCUCUGUCUCACAAUGAUGUCAGAGGGUUCUCUCAUCAGCUAGGCAGGCCUUUUUUUGACUAGGCAGGGGUUGCAUUCCAAAUAGAUCCUGACUUUUUCAGGUAAACCGUAUGAAUUGAAGGCCUAAAUAUAAAUCUCUUUCAGUGCUGUUUAUUUUUCUGCCUUACACACAUUGUUUAGAAAUAAUUAUUUUUUUAAUGUUGCUUUAAAUACCUCUGAUCUGUAUUUUGCAUUCUUGUGUAGUGUCGUUUGUAAUCCUAAGGCAUUCAAUUAAGUGGACUUUGUUUCAUAAUUAACCAUAAGAUACAUGCAAAACAUUUGAGUCAGCGUUAGGUCCUCCCAGGUCACACAUCGUGAGUUCUCUGCAACAUGAGACGCUUGCUACAACCACCAAGCAACACUGGUUUGAAAUGGACUUCAGGACUUGAUAACGUCUCCCUUUUCAAGGACCUCAAAUGGCAUAAUAUAGAACAUUGUCAAGGCUUAUGGCCCGAGCUUUGUACAACUUUAGACUAGGUUUUUUCAACAACAACAAAGUUAUUUGCAGGAAACUGCCUGGGUGAUGGGUGUUACGCUGUUGCUUGACACCCAUGCUAUAUUGUAAUUGCGUGUAUAGAUCAUAAAUGCAGUUGACUGUCCACUGAUGACUUCGUUCAGAGAAGGAUUUUAAUUUGAGAUGUACUGUGAAGUGAUUUACAUUAUGUAGAAACAGCGAGAAGAACAGUUACAAUUGUGCUGUAGAAACAUUUAGAAAAUGUUUUUGCCUUGACAGCACUAAGCGGCAGAUAGACGCUAGAUAAAGAGGGUAAGUGAUUGAGUCAAAGUUUACUAGUUUAGAAGACUGCAAAAACCUCAGUACUUAUAUUUUAGCAAUUCUAUUAUAUGUGCUUGUAAAAUAUCUAGAGCUUUCAACGACUAUUCUUUGUAAUGAUUUUUCACUCAAAAGUAGUGUGUAGGCUAUGGUUUUAUUUUGUAAUUGUACUUUCCUGUGGGGAUUUGACAUGAUUUUGUGGAAUCACGUUCAAGUGUUUCCCUUUUUGCAUUUUGUAGUAGAUAAAAGGUUUAUAAAAUAUUAAUUCUUAUACUCUUA